AUGGCAACCGAGCAAACUCCAACGAGGCAAAUGAAUCAUAUAAUUAUUUUAUUUCCCUUUUGCAGCCAGAGUUAUUGUUGGUUCAUAUCAUUGGGAGCACCUCCUCUCCAUAUUCAUAGCAUACCCAUCUCCAUCUCCAUCUCCAUCUCCAUCUCCAUCUCGCCUACAUCUCGCACCAACCUCCUAAUGCAAUCCUCCAGCCAAAAUGUUGCGGUGCUUAUCCAAGAACAUGCUGCAGAAGUCAAACUAGAGAUCCAUGAUGAUAAUGAAUGGAUCAAGAAAGUGACAAAUGACCUCAACGAGUGUCGGGAAAAAACACAAGGCCGUUGGCCAUGUACUAUCUUCAAGGUGCCGGAGGACAUCCGGCAGUGCGACAUGAAGGCGUAUGAUCCUUUGGUCGUCACCAUCGGUCCCUACCAUUACAAUAAAUCUGAAGAUAGAACAGUGCUGGCCAUGCAAGAUCACAAGUGGCACUGCGUGCGGCGCUUGCUCUCAAGGCACACGAAGAGUAGGCACAAAGCCACGGAUUUGUUAGGCAAAUGCUUGAUUGCAAUGAAGGAAAAGGAUGCUGAUGUCCGAAGCAGCUACUCUGAAGAUCUCCAUCACUUGAGUGCUCAUGAUUUGGCCUUGAUUAUGUUGCUGGAUGGCUGUUUCAUCAUCCAUGUCUUGCUCAAGUCUAAAGAAAGAGGUGAUUAUUCGAGCAACAUGAUAUUCUUGGACGAAAAUGAUGACAAUGAUAAUGAUGAUGAUGAUCGGGAGGAUGACAUUGCUGGUGGACACAAAGAAAUGGUGGUGUUGGAUGAUGUUAUGGGGGAAAAGCAGAUAGAUUUACGUGUGGUUGGAGUAUGGAGGGUGUGGCACAUGAUGUUGUAUGAUCUGUUGAAGCUUGAGAACCAAAUCCCUUUCAUCAUUAUCCAGACACUCUUCAAUGUGCUCAAGACUUCUGCAGAUACAGACAUCAAUCUAGUCAAGAUUGCGCAUCAGCUUUUACGCUAUAUCCAUCCGUCACCUUCCAGUCGAACCACCAGUACUGUGCCUCAUGAUCUGCCUCAGAGCAGCGAAGUCCACCAUUUGCUUCACUUGUUCCAUUUAACAAUCGUUCCUUCCAGCCUCAGUGUCAAUUCAAUGGAACAAGAAACGUAUGAUGAAUCUUCCAGCCUCAGUGUCAAUUCAAUGGAACAAGAAAUGUAUGAUGAAUGGAUCCCGAAUGCGACGGAACUUAAGCUCGCCGGAGUCAAGUUGGCGGAGAAGAAGAUAAGUGUUGGCAGCUUCCUUGACAUAUCAUUCAAAAACCACACCAUUGAAAUUCCCCAACUCUUGCUAGAUGACCACACAAACACUCUUUUUAGGAAUUUGAUCGCAUUCGAGCAAUGUUAUCCGCACGCUAAUGAAUACCUCACUGCCUAUGUCUUUUUUAUGGACUUAAUGAUCGGCACCCCGAAGGAUGUAGAAUUGUUUCAGUUGAAGGGAAUUUUUAUCAAUGAUAUAGGCUCUGCUGAUGCUGCAGCUACUCUUCUUAACCAGUUGUGCCACCACAUUUUUUAUCAUGGUAAAAGCUACCUUCAAAGGGUGAUUUGGGAUGUGAAAAAUUAUCACAAUUCCAAAUGGCAUAAAUGGAGGGCAAGAUUGAUGAAAGAUUAUUUCAAUAAUCCAUGGAAAAUUAUGUCAUUAGUGGCAGCUCUCAUUCUCCUUCUCCUUACCGCCGAGCAAUCCUUCUUUGCAGCUUAUUCUUAUUUCCACCCUCCUAAUUGAAAGGAAAAUUAAUUAAUAUUUAGCUUUUCAAGCCUGCAAGUACUCAUGUAGAUUGUUUAUGCUGCUCUUGGUUGCUCCU